AGUGAAAUAAAUAUUAGGGGGAAAAUAAAAUUUAUACUGCAAAAUAGUUUGUUCAGUCCGACGUGUACAUCGUUUGUGUACUGUAGCUUUAUCCACACGGAAUUAAGAACCGGAUGUUUGCGUCGCUGGAUAUUAUCCACUUCUUUACGCAAGAAUGUUUAGUAAACUUCGGGUUUAGCUAACGCUAGCUGCGCUAGCUCUGACGGAAGGUAGUUAGCUGCGGCGUUAGCGAUGUUAACUUCGCGGUUUUGUUCAAGAAUACUGAACUGUCUAUUUUGACGUUUUAAAUUAGACACGCAGCGGUAGUUUCAUGCUUUGAGAUAUUAUGUGUGUGGUUUUCUGAUUGUUAAUCGUAGGCAGUUCAUACCAAGCGUAACUUGGACGCGUUAGCUAAAUAUAUAACGGAGCUUUAGCUUUGUAUUCGUAUGUAACUAACUUAGCCAGUUGAGUAAAUCCACCUCGUGAGCGCUGGUCUGUUGGUGUUAACUGUGUCUGCACCCAGGAGGUUAACUCACUGUACCUGUGGGACUAUCGAGAUGAAACGUACGUUUCCCCCACAGGAAGUGGAGACAGUCCUCUUUGUUUCUUUUCUUUUCUGAACUGCAGUCAGCUUUAAGGAGACGAGCGCGCUUUUUUUCCUCGCCUCUGAACCCUCUGUGAAUGUACAUCUGAUGAGAUGUUUGCCUCUGAAGCUGCUCUUUAACUUUAUUUAUGUGUUUUCUCCUUUUCCAGCCCUCCCUCGGGAAUUCGAGCCCAGGAGGUUCAGCAGCUUCCGUUGACCAUGAUUUCGACCCAUCGGUAGACAUGCUUGUCCACGACUUUGACGAUGAACGCACGCUGGAGGAAGAAGAAAUGUUGGAGGCAUCAGAUGAGACCAACGCCAACGAGAUCGAAGAUCUUGCACGGGAGGGGGAGAUGCCCAUUCAUGAGCUGCUGAGUCUGUAUGGUUAUGGGGGUGGUUCACCAGCAGAUGAAGAUGAUGAGGAGGAGGAGGAACCCGAGGAAGAAGAGGAUGAUGAGGACGAGGAUGAGGAAGAGGACCUCGACAAUGAUGAAAGCAGCAGAAGCACCGGCGAGUUAAAAAGAAAUGAGGUUGAGGGUGUUAAGAUCUCGUCGGUACAGGGGGACGAGGCCCAGGCAACCUCUGAUGUCCGCACGCGCUCAGUGAGGUCUCUUGGCACAGUGGAACUCAUUCGCCCCCAAAAACUCAAGUACUUUGAAAGUAAUAAUGAUGCAGAGGAGGAGUCAGAUGAAGAUGAGGACUAUGUUCCAUCGGAAGACUGGAAAAAGGAAAUCAUGGUGGGUUCAAUGUAUCAGGCAGAAACUCCUGUUGGCCUGUGUAAAUAUAAAGACAAUGAGAAAGUUUAUGAAAACGACGACCAGUUGUUGUGGAACCCCGAGUGUCUUCCUGAAGGCAAAGUGGUGGAGUUCUUGACGGAGGCGUCAAGGCGGACAGGAGAGGAGAAGGGAGUGGAUGCCGUCCCAGAGGGAUCCCACAUCAAAGACAAUGAACAGGCGUUGUAUGAACUAGUGAAGUGUGACUUUGACACAGAGGAAGCUUUAAGAAGACUGAGGUUUAAUGUAAAAGCAGCCAGAGAGGAGCUAUCUGUCUGGACUGAAGAGGAAUGUAGAAAUUUUGAACAAGGACUAAAAGCUUAUGGAAAAGACUUUCAUUUAAUACAGGCCAACAAGGUGAGAACUAGGUCUGUAGGAGAAUGUGUGGCCUUUUAUUACAUGUGGAAGAAGUCUGAGCGUUAUGAUUUCUUUGCACAGCAAACCAGACUUGGGAAAAGGAAAUACAACCUUCACCCCGGUGUCACAGACUACAUGGACAGAUUACUGGACGAAACGGAGAGCGCCACGUCCAGCAGGGCAGCGUCACCGCCUCCCACCACCUCCAGCAGCAGCGCCAGCCACUCGGAGAGGGAGGACAGCAGCAGCCAGAACGGUAUCGUAAGCCACACUUCAAGUCUCCCAGUGGAUGGCGCUCAGUUGGCCCCAAUAAAUCAAGUGAAACCUGAGUUGGUUCAGUCCAACGGUCCCUCCCAUCCGUUAGCGGAAGCUCCGGCUCCCGUUUCAGACAACUCAAACGGCUGCAGCCAACCCAGCGCGCCCAGCCACGACCAAAACGGUUCUCUGGAGCCUUCGCUGGACCACAGAGACACGGAGGCAGCAGCAGCAGCACAUGAACGGCCGGCCAAGAGGUGCAGGACUGAGGCCGAGCCGUUGGACCAAAGUGAGGUGGAACCAUCCAGAACACAGGAGGACUGAAGCAGAUCAGUGACGUGGACUAAUAGACGCUGAAUUCUGGGCGAACUGUCCCCUCCUUCCCACCUAGAGGUGAAGGAGAUGAAGGAAGAUGAGCCCCUCUUGGCCCGUGAGCGCAGGAUCUCCUGAGAGCAAAGACUCACACAACACAGCCAACCAAACUGUAGCUGGUCGUCUGGGAGGGUGGGGAGGGGGGGUGGUCUCCCUGUCCCCCUGUCCCUCCAACCCAUCCAUGAACAGACGGCCUGCAGAGUUCCUCCCAAAGUCCCACAGCUCCAUCAUCUCCUACUCAACAUCGUCUGGAUUCACUUUUUGGAGACUUGACUGAUAAAACAUUUUUUGCCAAGAAUUUCCUUUUUUCUAUUUGUACUCAUAGAAAAUAAAUCACCUGUGAUUAUUUUUUUUACACAAGAGAUAUUUAUAUUUUUUAACAAAAACAAAACUGACAACUGCUGUUUCAAGCGAUUUCAGAACCUACAUUUGAUGAAGCGGGGGGGACGCGCGUUUUAAAACGAUCACGUGCCUAAAUUGUCAAAAGUGGGCGAACACAAGGUGAGUGAGGCCGGUGCUGUCGCCGGCUCUUUAAGUUGCACUUUGAUUGUUUGGUUCUCAUCUGUACUGAUGAGGAGCGGUGCCGAUAAAACCCAGCAGAAUUAACGUUUUCACUCCUCUUCAUAAAAGCCGCUCCAGCCUCCGUCACGGCUGUUUGAUUCUGAUAAAUGAACCGACGGGCGAGCCCCCCCGCGGGUUUGUUUGUGUGAAGCAGCUGACAUCAGUGAUGUCUUGUAUUAUAACUCAUGUAGGAGAUCGCUGUAUUUUUGGAUUUUCAUAGUCGGUGCUUUGCUCAACGCUUUGUUUUUACUAGACAGAAUGUCCGUGAUUUUUAUUGUAAAGUUUGUAUAGAUUUCUUACCUUGAGCAGUUGGUACAUUUUUUUUUUUUUAUAUAUAUAUAUAUGUCUGUUCAUCUGCGGAUGUUCAGGUCUUCCUUGUAGGCUGCUGUGCUUUUUGUUUAGAGAUCUUUCGCCUGUGUUGCUCUGAGAUGGAUGUAAUAAAUAAAGUAGCCAUUCCUCUUUCCCUCUCAGCACUUCCCAUUCCUGUGUGAACUCGCACAAUCGCAAAUGUUUGUUGCAGAGAGCAUUGUCUUUUGUGCAAAGAAAAGGUACCACGUUGUGGUUGAGUGUGCUGCUCGCCUUUGGUUUAAACUCAAAGUGCUUCGUUUCAACCAAUGUUCCCGUCUUUCCUCAGCGAGUGGAUCUCCAGCAGUGAAACGGACCAGGUCGACAUGUGACCUGCGAGACCUUCAUUUGUUUUGGUUCAGUAGCUGUUCGGCUUGAUGCUUCCGUGUUUUACUUUGUACUCCAGCUUUGACUUUACAUUCACAGAUUAAGAUUAGUUCGUCUCAAUAUUGUUGAUCCACGUAGUCUUUUCUUUCCCUUCGUUGAUAAUGUCUUGUUUUUUUCUCUCUGUAAAUGACAUAAAUAAAAGUGUAUUCCAAGACUAUGAAUGGAAUAACAUUGGCUAUAUUUAAUAAAUGUAUUAAUGAGUC